GGAGCUGGAGCCCGGGACUAGCCGCUGGGAGCCACCGUUCCAGCUUGUCUCCCGCUUCUGACACAGGGACGUCCUUCCCCAGGAACCCCGGAGCUCAGGCUCGUGGCUCCGCCUCCCCUGGCGCUGGGACCUCUGCUACUGAAGGGCAAAACACUUGGCCACACCCACGUGUCCAUGUUCAAGUUGGCCGCACAGGGGAGGCCUUGGAAAAUCAGUAUGGCGAUGCAACAGAGCAGAAACUUUACAGAAACAUGAAGCCUUCGACCACCUGGAACUCAGAAACUCAUUGGGGGCUGACUGCAGCUUCUAGAACGCCCAGGUGUUCUGCAGAUGUGAGAUUUUAUCCUGCACUCACCAGCUGGAGUCCCGACCAGAUGCAAGGCCUGUGCUUCGGCUCUGACAUCUCUGAGCACAGAGGGGUCACUUUCUAAUCAGCCACGGGGCAGUCGUUGACACUGUUGUCUGAUUGUUAUACACAGCCAGUCACCUUAGGGAGCUAUAUAGUGGGGAAGGUCAAAUUUGGGAGUGCAGGUGUCCUGACUCUCUUGAACCAGGAUUCUAGAUGGGGGACUCAUUUCUACUGCUCCCACCAUCCCUGUAGGCACCACCACCACCACCAGAACUCGGGGCCGCAGCGUGCUCAUCUUUACAGUGAGUGGGUUGGAAUAUCUUCUUGCAAAACACUGAUCUCCAGGAACUCCUUGCAUUGAAAGUGAGCAGAAGAGGACUCCCAGAGAAGUCUCUAUUGGUGGCCUGCCAUCGUUCCAUACCACCAUGGCCUGGCUUUCUCUAAAGGUUUUCUUGGUAGGGGUGACUUUCUUGGGAAGUCUUUAUCCUCUUGUGAAUUUUUGCUUCAGUGGGGAAACAAGAGGCCAGAAACCAAAUUUCGUGAUCAUUUUGGCAGAUGACAUGGGGUGGGGUGACCUGGGAGCAAACUGGGCAGAAACAAAGGACACUGCCAACCUCGAUAAGAUGGCUGCCGAAGGAAUGAGGUUCGUGGAUUUCCACGCAGCCGCCUCCACCUGCUCACCCUCCCGGGCUUCCCUGCUCACUGGUCGACUGGGCCUUCGCAACGGAGUCACACACAAUUUUGCAGUCACCUCUGUGGGGGGCCUUCCGCUCAACGAGACCACCUUGGCCGAGGUGUUGCAGCAGGCUGGCUAUGUCACUGGGAUGAUAGGCAAAUGGCAUCUUGGGCAUCAUAGCUCUUAUCACCCCAACUUCCGUGGUUUUGAUUACUACUUCGGAAUCCCGUAUAGCCAUGAUAUGGGCUGCACAGACACCCCGGGCUACAACCAUCCUCCUUGUCCAGUGUGCCCACGGGGUGACGGGCCAUCGAGGAGCCCUGACAAGGACUGUUACACUGACGUGGCCCUUCCUCUGUAUGAAAACCUGAACAUUGUGGAGCAGCCUGUGAACCUGAGCAGCCUCACACGGAAGUAUGCUGAGAAAGCUACCCAGUUCAUCCAACAUGCAAGCACCAGCAGGAGACCUUUCCUGCUUUAUGUGGGCCUGGCCCACAUGCACGUUCCCAUAACUGCAACCCAGCUAUCAGCAGACCCACAGGGCCGCAGGCCGUAUGCCGCAGGCCUCCGGGAGAUGGACAGCCUGGUGGGCCAGAUUAAAGACACAGUUGACUGCACAGUGAAAGAAAAUACAUUCCUCUGGUUUACAGGAGACAAUGGCCCGUGGGCUCAGAAAUGUGAGCUGGCGGGCAGCACGGGUCCCUUCACUGGGUCGUGGCAAGUUCGUCAAGGGGGAAGUCCAGCCAAGCAGACCACCUGGGAAGGAGGGCACCGGGUCCCAGCUGUGGCUUACUGGCCAGGCAAAAUCCCCGUGAAUGUCACCAGCCCUGCCUUGUUAAGCGUGCUGGACAUCUUCCCCACCGUGCUGGCCCUGGCUGGGGCCAGCCUGCCCCCGGGCCGACACUUCGAUGGUCUGGACGCCUCGGAGGUGCUCUUCGGCGGCUCGCAGACUGGGCACAGGGCGCUGUUUCACCCCAACAGUGGGGCAGCUGGAGAGUAUGGAGCCCUGCAGACUGUCCGCCUGGAGCGUUACAAGGCCUUCUUCGUUACUGGUGGAGCCAAAGCCUGUGACGGGAGUGUGGGGCCUGAGCAGCAUCAUGAGCCUCCGCUUAUUUUUAAUCUGGAAGAUGAUGCUGCAGAAGCUGUGCCUCUAGAAACAGGCGGUGCUGAAUACCAGAGUGUACUGCCCGCGGUCAGAGAGGUUCUUGCAGAUGUCCUUCAUGACGUUGCUGAUGACAACGUCUCCAGAGCAGACUACACGCAGGACCCUUCGGUGACUCCCUGCUGUAAUCCCCACCACGUUGCCUGCCGCUGCCAACCCACCUUGCCAACCAGUGUUCCCACCGGCAGCAGCGUCGGGAAGGAAGAUGGGCAAGCGCACCCCCUAACUUCAGUGUUACCCUAUUUAUAGUUAGUUACACUUUAAGAAAAGUCUCAGAAUUUUGUUCGGAAGCCAUCCCUUUGCGUCCCCCACUGCCCCUUUGGCACGCUUGCUUGAGAGGACAGCAAGCUGCAAAGAGCUGUAAUGGGAAGCACACGGGCUUCAGAGUCAGACCAGGUCCAAGCCCCAGCGUUUGAACUUGGGCCGCUACUUGACCUAGCUUGCAAGCUGAUUUUUGAGGAUUCCGGCAGGCACUACAUGAAAAUGCUUGGCACUUUACCUGACACUUGAGGCAGGCGUUCAGUA